GCGAGAUUCGGACGGUCGCCUGGCUGCAGGAGCGCACGAGCGAAGUGUGGAAGUUUCAGUCAGUUGUGUUCGAGCGAGCGGCGGAGAGAGUCCGGAGUGAAGAUUGUGAGAGGUUCCUUUUGGAAGAGUUUGAUCCCGCUUUUGUUCACAUCAGCAGUGCCUCCAGAGAACCAUGAGCAGCCAUUACAGCGUGUCCCUGAUCGGGCCUUCCCCCUGGGGCUUCAGACUGCAAGGGGGCAAGGACUUCAGCAUGCCCCUCACCGUCUCUAGAUUGACGGAUGGAGGGAAGGCGGCCAAAGCGAAGAUCAGCGUGGGGGACGUCGUGCUCUCCAUUGACGGCAUCUCCACAGACAGCAUGACCCACUUGGAGGCGCAGAACAAGAUCAAAGCCUGCACGGGCAACCUCAACCUCAACCUGCAGAGACCGUCUGCUGUUCCAAAAGUUGAACUUCCCAAGGAUGAGCCGCUGGAGAUCAUUAAGCCUGUGCCCAUCAGCCACCCGCCUUCAGCCGCCCCCAGCGCUAGCCCCUCCAACCCCUCCCCGAGCAACAGCGCUUACAACAAGACGGCCCGCCCCUUCGGAGGAGGAGGAGCUAAUUUCAGGGCAGUCAGCCCCUCCUCCUCUGCCCCUGCUGCACCUAAAGCCUCCAUCCCUUCUGCCUCCUCAGCUUUCACCCCGGCUUCUCCCUCCCAGCCACACGUACCCCCGCCAUCAGCCCCACAACCCUCACAGCCAGCCCAGCCACCACAGCCCCCUUUCCCAUUGGCCAGCAGCUCUGCAAACCGCUCACAGUCUUCCCCUCACUCCGCCCCCAAACCCGCCUCCGGCCGCUCCCCCUUCCCUCACUCUUCCUCGGCCUCGUCCUCCGGCUCUUCCUCACCAGCCAGAGUGACGGGCCCUCCCUCCUCCUCUUCUGCUCCCGCCAUCCCACAGCCCUCCGUCUAUAACACGCCAAUCAACCUGUACUCCAAUGCGAACGCCUGCGAGGUGGCUAUGGGUCAGAGGCGGGGUUUGCUGGAGAGUCAGGGAGGAGUGGAGCAAUACAAUGGAACUCCCAGGAAGCCCAUCAUGGACACAGAGCUGAUGGUAAACCACGGCGCACACCUGAGCGAUGCCAGUAAAAAGCGUUUGAUUGAGGACACAGAGGACUGGCGCCCGUGGACCGGAACCUCACAGUCCCGCUCCUUCCGUAUCCUGGCACAGAUCACCGGCACAGAGAACGAGCAAGCCCAGGAGAGCAGCCCCGGAAAGAAUGAGGCCGUGGAAGACGUCCAGCCGAGCUCCCACACCACCUCGACCGUCAAAACCAUGACCAAAGCCCCUGCUGGAGCUCCCCGCAACGGCAACGGCGUCCCUCCUCCCACAACCAAAAGCUGGCAGUCCGGAAAUCCUGCAGGUUUUCCCAAAGCAGGUGCACCCUCAGGACACACAGCGCCGUCCUACGGCCGAGUCAGUAACAGUGCUCCCGUUACCAAAGCCCCCGACCGCCCGGCCCCUCAACCCCACCCCAAAGACCAGGAUUCGCUGGUGCAGAGAGCAGAACACAUCCCUGCAGGAACCCGCACGCCCAUGUGCGGACACUGCAACCAGGUCAUCAGGGGUCCUUUCCUAGUGGCCAUGGGGAAGUCGUGGCACCCGGAGGAGUUUAACUGUGCACACUGCCACUGCUCUAUGGCUGAUCUGGGCUUUGUGGAGGAGCGCGGUUCCGUCUACUGCGAGAACUGCUACGAGCAAUACCUCGCCCCCACCUGCUGCCGCUGUCAGCAGAAGGUCCUCGGGGAAGUCAUCAAUGCCCUGAAGCAAACUUGGCACGUGCACUGCUUCCUGUGUACCUCCUGCCAGCAGCCCAUUCGCAACAACACCUUCCACCUGGAGGAUGGACUGGCCUACUGCGAGAGAGACUACUACGCUCUCUUUGGGACGAGCUGCCAUGGCUGUGACUUCCCUAUCGAGGCCGGGGACAAGUUUCUGGAGGCUCUGGGCUUCACCUGGCACGAUACCUGCUUCGUAUGUUCAGUCUGCAACACCAGUCUAGAGGGCCAGACCUUCUUCUCCAAAAAGGACAAGCCCCUGUGCAAGAAGCACGCGCACACUGUCAAAAUCUGAGCCGUCUGUCGGGGAGAGAAGAGGAUGAGGAGAUGCCGUAUUGCAGAAAGCUCUACUAGCUGUUCCUAUUGUUGUUUUUUGUGAGAUUUAUCUGGUGUUAAUGGAGGUGAUUGGGGGAUAUUUUUUCUUUAUUGUUGCUGAUCGUAGACCUGUGAAAUCGUGUUUUUUUUGUUCUGUUUUCGGCAGUAGGGCCAUAUUAGCUACUCAAAGGGUCUGAGCUGUGUUUCUCUUUAUAGAGAAAUGGAAUUAAAAAUGGACUGUGUUUAAAAAGUAUGUUUUUAACCUUAAAUGCCACCAUAUCUGCUAAAAAGCUGAAAAAUUAAUACUACUACUUUUAACCUAACACUGCUACACACUGAACUUUAAACUUUAAAAUUAAGUUAGCAAGGUAGCUAAAAACAAUUAAGUGGACAUCAUUAUAAUGUGUAAUUAUGAGUUCACCAGAAUACAGUAUAGAAUUUAAAUUUUAGAAGGUAUUCAACUACUUUAUUAAAAAGAUUACAUCGUUGUUGUUUUUUUGUUUUUUUAUGAGCUGGGCCUCCCCAUUUAGACGGUAGUUUAAGGUGAUGCAAAUCUUGUGUCUACGACCCCGUUUACUCCAGGUGUCUUUAUGUGAUUUAGAAUCUGGAUUGUAUAUUGAUUCGAUUUUAACCAUAUGCAUUUACACUUAGUGCAUAAAUGUGGCUUCAAAUGCGUCUUUGUUUAGUCAAACUCAGUAUUUCACUUGUUUUGUGAAGCAGAAAAUGCUAAUUCACUUGUUGAACAGCAGUUAUAACUGGUGCUUAGGUUGUACUAGGAGGAGUUUAGGGUGUAAUGGGAGGAGCUUUGGAUGUUGAAUGAGUCUUGGAGAGACAGAUGUGUUCACACUGCUAUAAUGUGUCUCAAAUGUGUCUCAGAUCACCUCAUAAAGUGGUUUAAAUGUGUCUUGGGUGUGUUCACACUUGUAUUUUAAUGUGGAUCGACUGUAUCUAGAGGCAUGAAGAGACUUGGUGUAAAUGGGCCCCGAGGUUUAGCAUACAACUAGUUAAUUUGGGAUGCACAAUAUAUUGUCUUAGCUACAAUAUAUAUCUUUAUCACAAUAUGUGUGUAAUAGUCUGUAAUAGUCACAUCGCAGGGUCAGAAUCCAUUUUUAAACCCUUUUUUGUUGCUUGAUUUAAAAGAAAAAAAUUUGUUCUGUAAUACUUAACAGCCCUAAACUACAUAUAUUAAGAAUACUGCAAUCAGGGUCAUUAGUGGUCCAGCAAGCUAAAGCACUGCCACUAUGAUCGGGAGAUGGCUGGUUCGAAUCCUGGUCAUGCAGCUUGCCAUCAGCUGCCAGAGCCAUGAGAGAGCACAACCGGUCUUGCUCUUUCUGGAUGGGUACAGUAGAUGGCUCUCUCUGAUGUGUGAUGUGGAUCAGCACAAGGCUGCAUCUGUGAGCUGAUGUAUCAGAACCGAGUCGCUGUGCUUUCCUCCGAGCGUUAGCGCUGUGAUGCUACUCGGCAAUGCUACAUCAGCAACAUGUGUAUUAAACUUACUUGUAGAAUGUUUGCAGCAUUAUUCAGUAUUCAGCUACAUUUCAAUUACAGUAUUUAUUAAUCUGGAGGAUCCAGUGACAUUUAGGGUAAUUAUAUUGGGUUUGGAAUAUUUGUGUUUACCACAGGACGUGAUAACAGUGAUAAUUAUGCAUUUAAUCAUAUCUGUCAUAGAAAAAUCCAGCUUAGACCCAGAGUUAUGAAUAUGAAUAUGGGAGUGGCGCCGACUACAGAACCACACUCGACUUGAUCAGGUCUAUCUGAGUGCAUGCAGUAUGAUGAUGUCAGUGAAUUUUUUUAGUCAUGUGUUAUUUACACUUUACAUUUCCCUCAGUGGGAGUUCGGAGUUUUAUGAAAUAAAGUAUUUUUGAGAGUUGGAAAGCUUUUGAAGACAGUAAUAUAUAAAAACUCUGCAUUUCUCUUAUAUAUUAGCUGUCGUCACAAAUGAGGAUUUUAAAGAGAGGUGUUUUUCGGAUUUUUUUUUCUUUUUUUUCUAUUUUGUCUUUAAUGUACUGUUCUUAUUUCUUUUUUUUCUUAGUGUUUAAUAUAAAUUGAUGCAAUAAUGUGGAAGUAUGAUGGUGAGAAGUGAUGCAGAGCAGGACAGAGAGGGCUCUUGGGUUUUCGUUGAACUGGAAACCUGGACCCUCGUGGAAACUUAUUUUUAUUUGGGAUUAAAAUGUAAAGUGUGUUUUUCUCUUUUGUGAACAUUCCCAUGUCUUUUUUUUCUUUCUUUUAUAUUCUCUGAUCAUUAAAGAGUAUUCUGCAUCAGCUAGCCUUUAUUCUACAGUCAGAUUGUAUAGAUUUAGGGUUGCAUACUUUUGAACACUCACUCACAGGCAGCACAGUUUCAGUGACACAAAGCACCAAAAAGCUGCUUAAGUACUUAAAUAAGAGACUCAAAUUCAGAUAUUUUGCUUUAACAUGACAAAUGAGAUAUAUUUUUCUGGUUUAUAUUAUAUCUGAUCUUUUCAAGUCACUUUCAUGCCUGGACACACAUGGCAAACAAAGCUCCGCCCUCUCUUUGAGUCUGAGCAACUGAAACAGGCAAUGUGGUAAGCUGUUGCUUAGCAACAAGCUAAAAAGUACAGCAAAAUACUGGCAUAGCUUCUUCGUUUCAAGACUUUAAGGUAAAGGGCUUCUUAAAAAGUCUAAAAUAUCUUAAGUUCCAGCUAUAAUUGUAUACAAAUACCAAAAUUCAGCAGUCAUCAUCAGCCAGCUCCAGUGUUGUGCCAAAAUCCAUCACCAUGCUUCACUGUGUAUAUGUGACUGGAACUCUUAAAGCUCUUCAGAGUGCACUUCAAAUUACUGAUAAUAAACAACAAACUAUAACUUUAAUUUCACUGUAUUUGACCAAGUUUGGGGCAAAAUCGCUGAGCAGCAGUUUAGGGAGGACCGUAGGAGAAAUAACAGCAACAUAUGUAAAGCUAUUUUAUUUGACCUUGUAAUGUUAAAACAACGAUACAGUACAAAGUUUUGUAUUUAUGUUUUUUACUGGGGUUUGGCAUCAUAAGUUUACUUUUUGCAAAAGUGUAAUUGAUUAAUUUAUUCAUUACUCUUAUUUUUUUUACAUUAAUUUGACUCAUUUUGCGUUUAUUUUUAUGGUGCUUGUUUUAACAGAAAAAGUUGCUCUUAUUUGUAUGUUCUAAAUUGUCGAUGUAUUUUUGUUAACAUCACAUCUUCUUGAAUCAUACCGUGUAUGUAAACUACAUAAUUAGGGAAUACUUUAAUCAGGGGCGUUAGUGGUCCAGUAGUCUAAAGCAAUGCCAUUAUGAUCAGGAAAUUGCUGGUUUGAAUCCUGGUCAUGCAGCUUGCCACAGCUGCGGGAGCCCCGAGAAAGCACAAUUAGCCUUGCUUUCUCUGGGUGGGUACAGUAGAUAGCGCUCUUUCCCCUCAUCACUCCAAAGGGUGAUGUCAUCCAGUACGAGGCGUCUGUGAGCUGAUGUAUCAGAACUGAGUCGCUGCGCUUUCCUCCGAGUGCUCUAUGCUGCGUCAGCAACAGUACAAAAAGAGACGAGAGAGUAGUGAGGGGGGAUAUACAGCUGAGUAGCAGCUUAAUGGACCAAUUCAGAACUGGACCACCCUUCAGAGGUUAGCACAAAAAUAUAUUAAUAUUACUAAUUUUGUCAGUUUUUUUCUUCCGGUCCCUAAAGUGUUACUCAGCACUGAAAAUUCGUUGUUACAGCAGGAUUUUGCCCCAAACUUAAAUUUACUGAUUAUAUGAGUUAAAUUGAGUAAAAUAAAAAUAAAGGUUCAGUAAAUAUGUUAUAGUUAGUUGUAGUUUUUGUUCAUCAUCGUUUGAACUUCACUCUUCACACUUUUUAUUUUUAUUUUAAAAAUAAUAAUAAAAUAAAUUGUAGAUUUUGUUCACACAUUCACUGCUUGUCGGCUGCCAGUGUGCUGCUGUGUUAUCAAGAGAUGCAGAACUAAAUCUGUGAGCAUUACGACUGUAUGUUCAGCUUCAUUCCAGUAGAACAGCCCCCCCCCCCCUCCCCCCCCGGUUCCCCGUCCCCUCCGCUACCGCAGGGACUAAAACAGAGCGCUAUUUAUCCAGCUAUAUUUAUUGAGGCUUGAGGGACGAAUUUGGGCUUUUCUGACGGUUUUGCACAUAUUUCACUGCUCUGACUGAGAGCAGGAGUCAGGGCUGGAAAAGAAACCUGUACGAAACAGAGGUACCGUCUCUAAUCAGAUACGUUUUGGGACUAUAUUUUGAUUCUGAUCUUUUGAAUUCAGAAUUAAAUUCAGAUUAAAGAAUUAAAGCCAGGCUGCUUUAGAUAUAGUAAUUGUGCAUUAGAGAGCUGUGCUGCUGAAAGGAGCUCACAGCUGUUCUGUAGUCAUUUCGUUUUCUCUUUAUUUACUUUCUUUUGUACAGAUUUUCUGCCCUUUGGUCAUAAGUAAUGUUUUAUGAAAUUGUGUUUUCUUGUGCUCCCCCCUCCUCCCUGCAUCUGUUCCGCAUAUAUUUGUCACUCCCUAAUUAAGAAAUGGAAAAUAAAUGCUGUUCUUAUUCAA